AUGAUUGAACCAUCCAACAUCAGCACGGAUCGGCCCGUUUGCCUUGUCUUCGGCCCCCAGGCUUCCGAGGUUGAGGAAACUUUAUUUUACAUAAGCCACAAUAUCGAAGAAAAUCCAUCGUUGGGAUUCCUCAAGGAUGUCUUGCAAGAACUACCGACUUUAUGGUCCACUAUUACAGAGGCUUGGUCCUCUUUGUCCUCGAUCCCGGCUGUGACACAACUUACUGUGCUAGCUGAAUGUGUUCGGGGAGUGAUAGUGGCUCCAGAAAAUGCAACGAACGUGCUCCUGACGCCCCUCACUGUCAUUCGGCAGAUAAUUGAUGCAUGGAAAUUCAAGGAAAAUUCCCAAAGCGGGUGCAGACUCGUGGAUACCCAGGGAUUCUGUGUCGGCUUCUUAGCGGCGGCCGUAGUUGCAUGCUCAAAUGAUUCCAGGGAAUUUGAGGAAAUCGCAUCUACCAUGAUCCGACUGGCUGUUUGCAUUGGAGCAGCAGUCGAUCUAAAUGGCCUUUUGCAUGGUCAGGCCCGGUCCGUUGCUGUAAGAUGGAAGUCCGCGAAUGAAAAUGAACAACUCGAUCAAGUGUUGGCUAGCUCUUCAACGGGCUACAUUUCCUGCUUUACGGAUACAACCUCAGCCACAGUUACAGUCGCGGAGGAUGAAUUGGAUGAUUUGAUCAAGGAGCUGGGAGGUCAUGGAUUGUCGGUGAAAACCAUCGAUCUGAGAGGAAGAUUUCAUCAUUCGAGCCACAUCACAGCUGUUGAACACCUCACAGAUCUCUGUGAGACAGACGAAAGGUUCCGAUUGGCAAGCAGUGGUCCCUGCGUUCUUCCACUAAGGUCCAACAUUGACGGCCGUGUGAUUGCAAAAAGAUGUGCCAUUCACAAAACUGCCUUGGAAUCAAUCCUGACGAACCCUUCCCAAUGGGCUAUGACUGUUUCAGCCACAGUUGAGCAAACAGCAGAGGGAACCGACCACGAUUUGCGUCUUGUCGCCAUUGGAACUGGCCAGUUUGUUCCACGUCCGGUCAGAGCCCGUGUUCUAGAUAACAUUAACAACAAAUCAUCGGACAUCACAGAACAUGGAAUGCUGCCAAAUGGAAUCCACAAAUUAUCCUCCAACACUGGAUCUGGGCGCGAGACCCAUCUCACUAAGAUCGCUCCAGGCGGGAUAGCAACACCAAUUGCAAUCACUGGCAUGGGAUGCCGAUAUUCCCAAGCAGAUUCUCCAGAGCAACUGUGGGAGAUACUCGAAUUGGGACUUUGCGGCGUCAGCGCACUUCCCAAUGAGCGAUUCAAGAUGGACAGUCUUCUACGCAAGCCUAAAGGGCCUUUUUGGGGGAAUUACUUGGCAAAUCCUGAUGUUUUUGAUCAUCGGUUCUUUGGUAUCUCAGCCCGAGAAGCAGAGGCUAUGGACCCCCAGCAACGACUCCUUCUUCAGGUUGGGUAUGAGGCCAUGGAGUCAGCUGGAUAUUGUGGUAUUCGCACGUCCGAUUUGCCGAACAAUAUUGGUUGUUAUGUUGGUGUUGGCUCAGAUGACUAUACUGACAAUGUUGGAUCGACCAACGCCAACGCCUUUUCAGCCACAGGAACACUUCAGGCAUUUUGCACUGGCCGUCUAAGUCACUAUUUUGGCUGGACUGGGCCAUCAGUCGUGGUUGACACCGCAUGCUCUUCAGCUGCAGUGGCUAUUCAUCUUGCAUGCAAGGCUUUACAAACUAACGAAUGCUCCAUUGCUGUGGCAGGUGGUGUAAAUGUCAUGACCAGCCCCAGGGUGACACAAAAUCUAGCGGCAGCAUCCUUUUUGUCACCUACCGGUGCUUCGAAGGCAUUUGAUGCGGCGGCCAAUGGUUAUUGUCGUGGAGAGGGCGCAGGACUGGUAGUUCUACGACCCCUAGCAGACGCAAUUCGUAACGGAGAUCCCAUUCUUGCUGUCAUUGGCGGGUCGGCGGUCAAUCAGGGAUCGAACCGUUCUCCGAUCACUGUCCCAGACUCGGACUCCCAGAGGUCUCUAUAUGAGAAGGCCCUCAUGGCAUCUGGGACUCCUCCAGAACAUGUUACUUAUGUUGAGGCACAUGGCACAGGCACCCAAGUGGGUGAUCCAAUUGAGUUUGACAGCAUCCGCAAAGCAUUUGGAGGACCUUUCCGCAGUGAAAAGAUUCAUGUCGGAUCUAUCAAAGAUAACAUUGGCCACACCGAAACAGCAUCAGGGGUAGCUGGUCUACUCAAGACUGUUUUGAUGAUGCAAAAACACCAGAUACCCAAGCAGGCCAAUUUCGUUCAAUUGAACCCCAAGAUUCCUGCACUGGACGAUGCAGCAAUUGCGAUUCCAACCAAGUCUAUCCACUGGCCCUCUGCUGCUACUUUGAAUGCUGUGGCGAUGGUCACCAAUUAUGGCGCUGCAGGAAGCAAUGCAGCUCUUGUUGUGAAGCAAUACAAAGCGAGAUCUGAAAGCUCGAACACAUUACUUCCUCCCAGCGAAGUGCCCGUUUUCUUGGCAGCAACAUCUGCUGAAUCACUCAGGUCAUACUGCAAAGUCCUACUUUCAAGUGUCCGGAAUGCACAGCUGAGCAGUUGUCAAGACAUGGCUUAUAACUUAGCAAUCAAGCAGAGCAGAGUAAUGGAUUACAUUUCGACAUUUACCAUUCCUGCAGAUCAACCCAAUGAGCUUCUUGCAAAGCUAGAGUCAAUAUCAUGUGAGACCACCACACUCAAGAAACAACUGGCUCCUCGUCUGCCCGUCAUCCUGUGCUUCGGCGGACAGAAUGGGAACGAAGCAACGCUUUCCGAAGACCUUUUUAAUCGCUGUGAAUUGCUUCAAUAUUAUCUGAUGGAAUGUGAGAAGGUUUGUCAAACUCGUGGCCUUCCGAGCCUGUUUCCAAGUAUUUUCCAACCUGGUCCUAUUGAAGAUACCGUUAGCCUUCACUGCAUUUUGUUCUCAAUCCAAUAUGCAUCAGCAAAGUCAUGGCUAGAUUCUGGACUGGAAGUGGACCGAAUGAUAGGCCACAGCUUUGGCCAACUUACGGGACUUUGCGUGGGUGGCGGAUUAAGUCUGUCAGAUGCUCUCUAUCUUGUCUCUGAGCGAGCCAAGAUGAUUCAAACCAUGUGGGGAUCUGAACGUGGAGCUAUGCUCUCAGUGGAAGGAACAGAGGCCGAGGUGCAGAGUUUGUUAGAUCAUGCGACACAGCGUAUGGAUGAUGCAGCAGUGGAUGUCGCUUGCAUUAAUGGCCCACGCAAUAUUAUAUUGGCGGGAGAUGAGCGAUCCCUACAAAUGAUUGAGCAACUGUCGUCGGAAACUCCUUCCCCCUUGCUUCGCACAAAGAGAUUGAAGAACACACAUGCCUUCCAUUCCCGCCUGGUGGAUAGUAUCAUUCCUUCUCUGACUGAGGUAGCCCAACAGCUUGAAUACAAGCCACUGUCCAUUCCUCUUGAGGCAUGUUCUCAGGAUGGAGACUGGUCUUCUGUCACGCCAGCCAAGAUUGUGGAUCACAGCCGCGGACGUGUUGACUUCCAGACAGCCGUCAAGCGAGUGGCCCAGAGGGUACAAGGACCUGCUGUCUGGCUGGAGGCGGGGUCCGCAUCUCCCAUCAUCCCGUUGAUACGACGAGUUAUCGACGCAGUGACAGUAUCCUCAAAGGAGCAUGUCUACCAGGCACUGGACCUUGGAGGCCCGCAGGCCCAGAAAAGUCUUUCACAGGCUACUUGCAAUCUGUGGUCUAGGGGUGUGAAAGUACAGUUCUGGCAGUUCCACGAUUCCCAGGCCAGAAAUUACAACUGGAUCAACCUCCCACCUUACCAAUUCGCCCAAACACGUCACUGGAUUGAAUAUGACCCAACUGCCUUUGCACCGUUGGCAAAAGAUAAGCCAGCCUUGCCUGCUUCAGGUGGCCCCAGAGAGUUUGUACAGCUACUCACAAAACAGCCGACCGAGUGCAUUUUUUCCAUUAAUACGAAGGACCCUCUUUACCAAGAGUGUACAAAAGGCCAUGCAGUACUUGAUCAAAACCUUUGCCCUGCGUCUCUUUAUUUCGAGAUGAUUAUUCGAGCGGUAGGACUGAUUCGCCCAGGAAACGAUGCAUCACCAGCCAUGCCUCACCUUCAGAAUCUUGCCAUUUCGGCUCCGCUCGUUCUCAACCCAAGUGGAAAUGUUCUGUUGAGUCUAACUCGUACCCGAGUGGGAGACUCUCCAUGGUCGUUCUCCCUUUUCACUCGCGAGCCCAGCAAGACUGCAGUUACCACGCAUGCAACCGGCGAGAUCAGCCUACAUCCCUUCGGCCAAAACACACCUCUUUUCGUUCGCCUUCACACCAUGAACCGGUUGAUUGAUUUAUCUCGAUUAGACUCUAUCGCCGAUUCCCAAGAGUCGAGCGGCCUCAAGGGGUUCGCCGUAUAUCAAGCUUUCCGCAGAGUUGUAAAUUAUGCUGAUUGCUAUCGCGGCGUUGAACGAGUUUUCGCGACUGAGCAUGAGGCCGCUGGAAUCGUGAACCUCCUCUCGUCGCGAACAAAGGAUAGCGCAUGUGAUCCAAUGCUUGUUGACAAUUUCAUCCAAGUUGCCGGAAUUCAUGUCAACUGUCUUUCGGAGACGAAGGAAGAUGAGGUUUUCGUCUGCACCGGCGUUGGUGAAAUCUUGAUUGGAGAGGCUUUUAUGACGAGGGAUCCCGAUUCUUCGUGUUCAUGGGGUGUAUACUCCAACCUAGACCGAUCUAUUAAGAGCAAAGUCACCUGCGACACGUUUGUCCUAGAUCGGGAGACCGGCAAGCUCGCUGUCACUAUUCUUGCUGCGGAAUUCACCAGUGUCUCCAUCGCUGGUCUUGCUCGAGUUCUCAAAAAGUUGAACAAUCAACCCGACGUCAAAAAGGCUCCUCUUGAUGAUGAUUUCAAAGUGCAUACCAACCCUACCCUCCAGGAUGCACCAUCUGUUGUUCCGUCUUCUCGCCAAUCCGCCCCGGAAACUGGCCAUUUUGUGGUCGUCCAAGAGAUGCUCUGUGAUCUACUAGGAAUUGCCUCCGAGGAGUUGUUGCCAUCUUCGCAUCUCGAAGAAAUUGGGGUUGAUUCGUUGAUGCGGACUGAGGUUUUGGUGGAGAUAAAGAAGAGAUUCAACGUCAGCAUUGCUACCUCCUCGUUGGUUGAAAUUCCCGACAUCCAAACGCUGGUGCGGUCAAUUUUCCCGGAUGCCCAAACUCCUCUCACAAAUGGCGUUCAUCCACCAUUACAAAUCGAAACCUCAAAUUCAGAUGACUCAGAGAACAAUACUUACGCUAUGUCAACACCGAUUUCCGAUGAGGAAGUACAUGGCCUCAUUGACAUUGCACCUGGCCUCUUCGCCGAUAUACAGAGAAGUAUGGCGCACAGUCAAUCGACUCAGUGGAACGGCUUUUGUGAAUCCGUAUAUCCCAAACAGAUGGCCCUUGUCACAGCUUAUGUGGUAGAGGCUUUCAGGUCCCUCGGUGUCUCCCUGGACAGCUUUGAGGCUGAGGAUGUUAUCCCACAAGUCCAUGUGCUUGCACAGCAUGACCAGGUUCGAAACCAGCUUUACUCCAUCUUGCAAUUUUCCAAUCUCAUCCGGACCACUGACCGUGGCUUUGUGCGCACUACAAUUCCUGUACCCACGAUUGGAUCUGAUGUACUGCACGAGGAAAUUAUUCGCCUCUAUCCCCAGCACACGUCUGAGCACAACCUUCUUAGGACUACUGGCUCGCGACUUAGCGACUGCUUGACCGGAGCAGCCGACCCACUCUCUCUCCUCUUCCAAGAUGCAGAGGCCCGUCGACUGAUGGAAGAUGUGUACACAAAUGCUCCAAUGUUCAAGGCUGCAACUAACCACCUCGCCCAAUAUCUUGUCAAUCUGCUUGGUCGCCUGGAUACCACACGAGAAAUUAAGAUUCUUGAGAUUGGCGGUGGCACUGGGGGCACAACCAAAGCUUUGUUGAGUCAGCUCACUGCUGUCCCCGGUCUCCGCUUCCAAUACACAUUCACAGACCUUUCCUCAGGGCUCCUGACUCUGGCGCGCAAGAAAUUCAAGCAUUAUAGCUUCAUGAAAUACCAAGUCCUCAAUGUUGAACAGACUCCUACCCCAGAUAUGCUCGGUCAAUAUGAUAUUGUCCUAUCUAGCAACUGUGUGCACGCAACCCGCAAUCUUGUUCAGUCUUGUUCAAAUAUCAACAGGCUUCUACGGCCAGACGGACUUCUUUGCCUAAUUGAGCUCACACGCAACCUGUUCUGGUUCGAUCUUGUCUUCGGUUUGCUGGAAGGCUGGUGGCUCUUCGAGGAUGGUCGGCAACACGCCCUUGCGACCGAACACGUGUGGAAACAAACCCUUUCCCAGUCGGGUUUCCAAUGGAUUGACUGGACAGACAAUGACUCCGAGGAAUCCAAUGUGCUUCGGGUAAUCACUGCGUCGCCGGCCUCGGCCAUUAUUUUACCCCCGUCCCCCAGAAGCCCCUUGCCUCUUAUGAACGAGGAAACGGUUAUUUAUGGCAAGAAUGGUGAUGUGGAGCUUUCCGCAGAUAUCUACUACCCCCGGGAUCUUCAGCCUAUUGGAAAACCCCGUCCAAUUGCUCUUCUUAUCCAUGGUGGAGGUCACAUUAUGCUAUCGCGCCGGGACAUUCGCAUGAAGCAAGUGAAGAUGCUGCUCAAUGCAGGAUUCUUACCAGUCAGUGUUGAUUACCGGCUCUGCCCGGAGGUUUCCUUGACCGAAGGCCCAAUGCAUGACGUAUGCGAUGCCCUCCGCUGGGCUCGAGAUACCCUCCCCAGUUUGAAUCUUUCUCGUCCUGAUAUCCAACCAGACGGAACUCAGGCAGUGGUGGUUGGCUGGUCUACUGGUGCUCAUCUAGCCAUGACACUGGCUUGGACUGCUGAGGAGAUGGGUAUCGCUCCGCCUGACGCUAUCCUUGCAUUCUAUGGCCCUACUGACUACGAAGACACUUUCUGGUCUCAGCCUAAUUUCCCAUAUGGAAAGGACGCUGCCUCACCAGAAAUGAGCUACAACCUUUGGGAAGGGAUUUAUGAGACGCCAAUUACUGCCUACAAUCCUCCGGCCAACCAACAGGCCCUUGGUGGCUGGAUGUCACCAGCGGAUCCUCGCAGCCGAAUUGCAUUGCAUAUGAACUGGAAGGGACAAAGCCUGCCUAUGUUAUUGCAUGGAGGCCGCUUCUGGUCGGAUCACAAAGGUGGUGACUGUGGAGAGGAGUUGCCAGUUCCGACACUUGAAGAAAUUCAAGCUGUCAGCCCUUUGGCGCAGAUUCACAAAGGAACCUACAAGACGCCCACUUUCAUAAUUCAUGGAACCCUUGAUGAUCUCAUUCCGGUGGAACAGGCAAAAAGAACAUCCCAUGAGCUGGCUACAAAGGGCAUUGAGGUCGAACUCCGUAUUGUGGAAAAUGCUAUACACCUGUUUGACAUUUAUCCUGGUUUUGAGAAAGACCAAGCAGCUGCUCAAGCUGUUCAGGAAGGUUACGAGUUUCUGCGGGAUCAUGUUCGUUAUUAG